AUGGCUCGAACAUUUCGUGAUGUUAAAUUGCUGUUAUAUAUUACGCUGCUCAUGGCAACCGGCUACGUACAGCUGACCAAUGCAAAUAUGAUCAUGAAGCUUGCUGCGGCCGCGGCAAUCUUUCGAGGCGGGCCGACGAUCCCCAUACCGAUUCGCUACCCUGUACAUAUACCCUACUCGAAGGUUCUCGAGGUGCCUGUACACCAUCCAGUGCCAGUAAAAAUCCCUGUACACCAUCACACCCAUUCAGUGAAAAAGAUUCCGAUCCUAGUGCACAGCCAUAGUCACUCCGAGAGGCAGGUGCCGAUUCACAGCCACUCGCAUUCCGAGAAGGCCGUCCAUGUGCCGAUUCAUCAUCACAGCGAGAGUCACCACGAUGGACACGUCGAGAUUGAGGACGGCCACGGCUGGCAGCACGGAUGGCACGACAUUGGAUCGGGGGGCGCUGUCGCCGGAGGUGGUUUCGGACAUGGUCUUAACGAUAUCAAACAUGAUGGACACGCAUGGUAG